AUGGCGCUGCCAGGGACGAUCCUGGAGUUCUUGCUGCAGCCGCAGGGGAUGGUGCUGUUCGUGGCCGCCAGCGCGCUGGUCACCGGCAUCGUCUUCGAGACCAUUCUGAAGUCUCUCACGCCGUGGGUUGCGACGAAGGAGUGGUGGCCACGCGCGCGUCCGCUGCAGAAAUCACUCAUGUUGAAUUUCGGCGUGCCCGAGGCAGCGUGCGACGACUUCACGCUGCGGCAAUACUAUUCGUACGUCAUCAUACUCUGCACUCACCAUCUGAUCUGUGGUUUGAUGAUGGUGCCUGUGGUGGCCUACGGCUGGACAGAAUCGCGGAGCACCAGCCAGGCUUGUUUCGUGGUAGCUGUUUUGAUGGAUGUCGCCUUGAAUGUCUACGAUUGGGUCAGGAUGUUCGCCAAUACGUUUCUGUUCGAGUCGGUGGGGAAGAAGCUGUUCGGUGGAGUUGAGAAAGGCCCCCUGCAGAUGUUCAUCGUCCUUGGCGUGCUUCACCAUACGCUGGCGUUGGUCACAGUCUGCCCACUGCUGUUGCUCUAUCCAGAUCUCGCGUCCUUUCACGCUAUUGCGAUGUCGCUGCUACUCGCGGGUGGCAUCUGCUUCACCUCGGGAUCCUACAAGUUCACGCUGGACUUAACGAAGUUUCCUGACUGCUGCCAGUUCAAGUUCAUCGUUGCCCUGCAGGCCACAACCAUUCUAUACACCCGCGGCUACGUUUGGUUUCCACAAGUCUACUCUGCACUGAACAAGAUCUGGGCGGAUGGCAACCUGAGGUUCUUCUGCGGCGGAUGUGCUGCGGCUGCACUGAUGACCCUCUUCAACGUGCUCAUGAUAUUGGACGCCGUGGGGGCUGCGGCCAAGUGGCUGCCCAGGAGCAUGCCCAAGGGAACAAGCGGCAGCUGCCGGGAGCCCCAGGAGGCUCUGAGCGACGGCCCACGCGAUGCCUCUCGGCCCCUCCGGGCCGACGCCCCGGAGCGCACCCCCGACCUCAAGGGACAGAGCCCCGGCCUCCCCCGCAUCGCCGGCGCCGCCCGCAAGGGGCGCGGGGCGCCCGCCCCG